GCAAGUCUUCUAGGACAGUUCUUGCGUCCUGCCGAACAGUCGCCAUUUUACCACGGUUGCCUUCGAGAUAUCGUGUGCCAGGAAUUGCAAGUCAUAAUCUGAAACGCGAGUGCUAUGUGCGGCGUAUUCUUCGAAUAUUGUGGUACAGUGAACAAUUAAGAUCUAAGUUGGGCCCAAGUUUCACUCUGUUAAGCCGAGGAAAGCAUGAACUUUCACCAGAAUUUAAUUUCGGCUCCUCGGUUAUGUCGUCCACGUUUUCGUUAGAUGUAGCGGAUUGAUUAAUCCACUUCGCGCGCUAGAAAAGCACAUUUCCCUAGAAAUUUGCCCUUACUCGAAGUGUGUACUCGCGGCAGUUUGCGUUAAGAACUCGGUUGUAAUCUGAAGUGUUUCGCAGGUGUCGGAAGGUUCAUCUUACGAUUGCGCUGGUGAUAGCUACAGGAAUUCGCUUUGAAUUUUCAUCAUGAAUCGUCCACCUCGAAUUGAGGGUAUGGUUAGUCUGAAAGUGGACAACUUGACGUAUAGGACCACGCCAGAAGAACUUCGCCGGGUGUUCCAGAAGUAUGGAGACGUUGGUGAUGUGUAUAUUCCUCGUGAUCGGGGAUCCAAAUCCAGCCGUGGCUUCGCGUUUGUUCGAUUCUAUGAACGGCGUGAUGCUGAAGAUGCCAUGGAUGCUCUCGAUGGACGUCGGUUGGACGGUAGGGAGCUGCGCGUCCAGAUGGCGAAAUAUGGACGCCCAUCUCCCCCGAGGCGCCGAAGCGGACGGGGAAGGUCUCGAUCAAGGUCCAGGACACGUUCAAGGUCUAGGUCUCGUGACAGACAUCGCAGCUCGAAGCGUAGGGGAGGAGGAGGACGGCGUUCUCGUUCAAGAUCUCGCUCCCGUUCAAGGUCGAAAUCAGCUACGCCUAGGUCUAGGUCUGCGCAUUCGCGAUCACACUCCCGCAGUCCUGGCAGAAAGCAUGGGAGUGACGACGAUGUGAGGAAGAAGCCCCGCGAUGAUGUGAACGACGUCAAAGAUGAGCCAGUUGAAGAUGUGGCAAGGGAUCCUUCGCCUGAGCGAAUGUCUCGCGACUCCCGUUCCAGAUCUCGCUCUGCCAGUCGUUCUCGAUCCAGGUCUCGAUCCCGAUCCAGGUCGUGAAUGUACCUUUGAGUCGACAUAGACCGACGAAUGAAGCGCGACGAGCUAAAAAUUGGGAGACGACCUGGCUGUUGCAAGGUACAUCUUUUUGUUAAGGGGGGCUUUUGUGUUUGACUUCGAAGACUUCUGCCGACAUUUAUUGGUCUUUAUUUCUUCCCGUUUACAUUCAAGCGAGUGUCGAAUAAAGGUUAUGUAUGAAUGAUGCGCGUGUUCAUCAGUAGUUGGGCGAAAGGAUCCCGUUUUUCUCGAAUGACGGUGGUGUUUGUGUGUUGUGCAGCCGGUGGCGCGGAGUCGGUGUUCUGGCCCUGUUGGCGCUGAGCUGAUGCUGUUGCCUGAGAAAAGCUGAUUAAGAUUCGUGAGCAGGCUGGUGUAGGGUGACUCGAACGCGGCUGAUGCUGAUAGCGGGGUUCCUGGUUGGGGUGAAUUUGUCCAGUUGCGGUCAGGAAAAAAAGCUGCAGUCGAAUGCUGGGGGUUCUUUGAUUAAGCUGCUUUGGGAUGAAAGUUGUUCUUGCAUCACUGUUCCCGUGGGAGGUUUCUUUUCGUGUUAGGAACGUUUUCUUUAUUCCAUGAUCACCUGCCGUACGUGCGAAUGAUUGAAUACAGGUCGUUUCAUUUCAGAAUAGAA